AUGGCUUCACUGGCUGUCUUGGUCAUCUGUGCAGUUGUGAGCAUCUUCGUCUACAUGAAGGCCCAGAACCAAAUAAUCGAAUACAAACUGAAAAUGUUGGAUGGACGGAGUCAGGAAGUGAGUGGGGACCUGACUGAGAACACUGUCAGGUACCACGUGCAAGAUACCGACCAGGAAGCUUGGGUCAUCGACGAUUUCAACACGUACAUCAGAGUGACGAAGAUAACGACGAAAAGAGGUGAGACUAACUGCUACUUGGCGCCACUGAACGUCUCAACUGCGAUGGAGCCAUCUAAAGUCUCCAAGCCUGCCUCCAACAACGAGUGGAUGGAGGCACCAGGCGAUCACUCCUCCACCAUCUACCAAAUAUCUGGAGUUUCAACAUAUUGGAUGUAUCCUACAUGUGGAAAUGACCAUCCGACUCCAAACGAAAAUCAACUGAAUGAACCAUCGAAAAUUCAAAAGCGCGAGGCUCCAUACUACGUCCUGACUAAUCACACUCGGGACGGGGUGCAUUACUACCCGUGUAUCAAUGGAUGCUGUCAAACCGUCUGCGCCGAAAUGAUUCAAUACCAUUGGGAAAUAAUCAACGGUAGAAUCAACUGCAACUGGGUCCCAACAAAUCUGACGGAACUUUAUUGUGAAGCUACACCUGGGCUGAACUGCAAUCCUUGUUAA